AUGGACACACGAGCAGGUGCUGCCAGAGCACUUCAUGGUCUUAAAGCGCAAGUAAGCCAGAAGGGUAAACAAAAUUGCAAGAUUACGGUGGUACGUUGGGGCGUAGGUUUCGGGCCUAAAAAUUGCUUUGACUUUGAUUCUGGGGAAUCUUUAAUUCCUCUUAAUAGGCUUACAGAAACAGAUCGUAAAUGGUUAUUUACUAGUGAGAAAGGUGGUACUGGUGGAAGGGAUAUAGUUGGUGGAAUUGUAGUUGAGGAACCGGACAUUGUAAUUGGUGAAGGAUUUUCUAGUGGUUCAGGGAAUAAAAAAUUAGGACCUCAACAUGAAAGUUCGCGUAAAGAAAGGCGUAGAGGACAUGAUAAAGGUGAUCGAUCAUCUAAUUCAUCUGAUUCUAGAAAAUAUUCGGAUGCAUCCUGGGAAGGUUCAUCUCCCAGACGUCAUACAAGUAAAUGGGGAGAUACAUCGAAUGAUUCACCUUUUCAGGGAACAGCAUCUCCUCCUUCACAAGAACACUUACCUACGCAACAACGCUCACGUUCGUUUUCUCCAGGUUUAUCACCACGAUCACCUGAUCAUCUACCACAAUCAGAAUUCGGUAGUUCACAAGAACAACAUUUCCAGCAAAGGAGAGAACAAACUCCACAAACUUCUCAUAAAAGGGAUUAUUUUAGUUCUCAUGGAGAUACACCAGCCCGCGAAGGUAAAAAAAGUCGAUGGGAUAAAUGA